CCCAGAGUGGGGGCGUUGGGGACCCGGGGGCUGCCCCCUCUGCCCGCCCUGUGAGCUUCCGGUGAGGGGCGGCUCCCAGAGGUCCCCUGGGGACAGGCCGGCAGCAGGCUGGGGUCCAUCCUGCUGCUGACGCUGCUGAACCAGGCCCCGAGGCUGCGCAGAGGGAGCGAGUGUGGGGCUCUAGAGACCAGAGGCUCGCGGCCAGGUCAUCUGAUCCGGUGCCCGCAGGGGCCGAGAGGGACAGGGCUGGGGGAGGGGAGCCGGAGAGGCGUGAGGAACAGGGCCCAGGGGAGCAGCGGGGGGCCCACGCGGUGGCGGCCUCUGCCAUCUCCUGCCUGCCUGGGAGCAAACAAACUCAGAGCGCCCCCUCUCCGGACCUUGUGCCUCAGUUUACCUGUGGAGCCCGGGAGGCCCCCUCCUUCCAGAGCUGAGCCGUGGGUUGGGUGUGGACCUGGCCCUGGGAUCUCCCCACUCUCCCGGGGAGCACGUGGUCCCGUGGCUCCUCCCCCCCAACAUCCCCGGGAAUGCGGUUCCUGGACCCGAGUGUGCGAAGCCCCGGGCGAGUGUCUGAGGGGGAAGUGGCCAGGGAGCCCAGGAAGCAGAAGUGGCGAAAGGCAGCCGUGGACUCCUCACCGAGAGACGGCCCGGGCUCCUUCCUGAGGCCCUGGCCCCUAAUGGGUGUCCCCGCACCAGGCAGCGGCGUGACCUCUGACCCAGCGCACCCCGGUCCGGCCGGCUCCUCGGCCUCCCCACGCCCAGAUUCGCUUACCUCGGGCUCAUCUGCUCUUAUUUUUAGCGUCCGACUUUUCCUUUCUUAAUAUGGCGAUGAGCUCCUGAGACAGGGGUGAGGCGGGCGGGGGCAGGGCGCAGCGAGGGGAGCGGCCUGGCCUGGCCGGGCGUCCUGGCCCAGAGGCUGUGUCCCCCAGCCAGCCUGGGGACAUAUUUAGCCGGGCCAGGUGGGGCCAGGGCGCCACUGUAGGCAGCUCAGGUUCCCUCCCGGCCCCAGCUGCCGCCUCCCCCUCUUCCUCCUGGCUGUGGGCACUCCUGCUCCCGCCGGCCGUGCCGUCCGCUGCGGCUCAGGACCUCCCUAGCUCGGGACCCCCCCGACCCGGUCUCCACGCGCGCGCGGCGGGAUGGGGAGCCAGGCCGUGCCCGGGGUGCAGCUCUUGCUGCUACUACUGCUGCUUCUGGGGACCCCCAAGGCAGGGGUGCGGGGCGAGGAGGGCCUGGACUUCCCGGCCUACGACGGGGUGGACCGCGUGGUCAACGUGAACAGCAAGAACUACAAGAGCGUGUUCAAGAAGUACGAGGUGCUGGCGCUGCUCUACCAUGACCCCCCCGAGGGCGACAAGGCCUCUCAGAGACAGUUUGAGAUGGAGGAGCUGAUUCUGGAGCUGGCCGCUCAGGUUCUGGAGGACAAGGGCAUGGGCUUCGGGCUGGUGGACUCUGAGAAGGACGCAGCAGUGGCCAAGAAGUUAGGCCUCACGGAGGAGGACAGCAUCUACGUCUUCAAGGGGGAUGAGGUGAUCGAGUACGACGGAGAGCUCGCCGCCGACACCCUGGUGGAGUUCCUGCUGGACGUCCUGGAGGACCCCGUGGAGCUGAUCGAGGGAGAGCGGGAACUGCAAGCCUUCGAGAACAUCGAGGACGAGAUCAAGCUCAUUGGCUACUUCAAGAGCAAAGACUCAGAGCAUUACAAAGCCUACGAGGACGCGGCCGAGGAGUUCCACCCCUACAUCCCGUUCUUCGCCACGUUUGACAGCAAGGUGGCCAAGAAGCUGACCCUGAAGAUGAACGAGAUUGACUUCUACGAGGCCUUCAUGGAUGAGCCUGUGACCAUCCCAGACAAGCCCAACAGUGAGGAGGAGAUCGUCAGCUUCGUGGAGGAGCACAGGAGGUCCACCCUGAGGAAGCUGAAGCCCGAGAGCAUGUACGAGACGUGGGAGGACGACAUGGAUGGGAUCCACAUUGUGGCCUUCGCCGAGGAAGCCGAUCCAGAUGGCUACGAGUUCCUGGAGACACUGAAGGCCGUGGCGCAGGACAACACAGACAAUCCUGACCUCAGCAUCAUCUGGAUCGACCCGGACGACUUCCCCCUGCUAGUCCCCUACUGGGAAAAGACCUUCGACAUCGACCUCUCAGCACCGCAGAUUGGCGUCGUCAAUGUCACAGAUGCCGACAGCGUGUGGAUGGAGAUGGACGAUGAGGAGGACCUGCCUUCAGCCGAGGAGCUGGAGGACUGGCUGGAAGAUGUGCUGGAGGGCGAGAUCAAUACAGAGGAUGAUGACGACGAUGAUGACGAUGACGACGACGACGAUGACGACUAGCCACUGUGGAACCAGCUCCUGGUUCUGCCACCGUGGGGGCUCCCGGUCCCAGGGCCACACGGCCACGGGGCUCGGCGGGGGCCUGUCGGGUGUGGGUGGGAGCCGGGCACUGUCCUUCCAGCGUCUCGGCUGCUCACCCGCCAAGCCUCCCACUCUCUCUGGUGCUGUUCUUCCUGGGGUCCCCAGGCUCUUCCGCCUGCUGCCCACUCCCAAGCCCCCUCUGUCCUUCUGAACAGAUGGGCAGUGCCUUGUGCUUGGGGCUGGCCAGCGACUCGGGCAUGUGUGUGUGUCUGAGGGGCUCAAUAAAGAAUCUGGGGCAGUGUGCGCGGGCAGUCGGGAUGCUCACCUCCAUUCACCCUCCUGCUGUGCCCCUGGGCGCUGCGCCCCCAAUGUCCUCCUUGCCCAUACUGCUUGCUCGUUCCAGGGCCAGUGCGCCAGGUGCCCAGAGCUGCUGUGUCCCAGGCCUCAGCAUCAGCGCCACUUUCCUGAGCGGGCAGCGAGCCCCGCAUACACCUGGACUGGACGGUGCGGGUCUGCGCUUACCUCCAGCUCCGGUGCCCAAGCUGCCUCCCUACCGCGCUAUGGACUUGAGUCCACGUGUGGCUUAAGGCCAGCAGCGGUCCUGGGGCCCAGGUGGAGUCCUCUGCAUCACACAUGCACACAGACACGACACAUGUGUGCCGGCCACAGAGACACGCAUCCAGACGCCUCCACGCACGUGAACAUGCCCAGGUACACAUGGACGCUCGCGCACGCGCCACACCCCAUGCACCAUCCCCUCCACUUAGGGUCCCAGCAGCUCGUCACCCCACAUCACCACCCAGGCAGCAACAGGCGACUCUGGGCGUCCUCAGACCU